AUGGGUAUAGGUUACAACCUUAGGAAGAAUAAUGAAAUUUUUACAGAUUUCUAUGACAAAUAUGCUCAAACAACUGAUACCCAUAUUGGUAAAAAUCAAGUGUCAAGAACAUUAAAUGCAUUAGGCCUAAAAUCCAUAAUGAAGAAGGACUGUUGUGGUCAAACUGAUACAUCUACACAUAGUCUCUGGGAUAUUGCUAAAUGGAAGAAUGAACAAUCAACCCCACUUCAGGCUCAAUUAUAA